GUUGAUAUCUUUCCACAUUUGAAACGAGAAUGAAAGGCAGCCCGUCGGCUACGUUGUCUCCGCUGUGGCAGGGCACGGUCCCGCUGCUCUGUGUGGCCUUGUUAGCCUUUGCGGUCUUUGCCAACACGCUGUCAUGCGGGUUUGUCUGGGACGAUCGUGCCGCCAUCCUCACGAAUCGCGACAUUCGAACCGACGACAACACGACGGCCGUGGGUGACCUGUUUGUCCACGACUUCUGGGGCACACCCAUCUCGUCUGCCAGCAGCCACAAGAGCUUCCGUCCCAUCACGGUGCUCACGUUCCGUCUCAACUACGCCGUCGGUGGAUUCGAUCCCUGGGGGUAUCACUUGCUGAACGUUGUGCUCCACUCGAUCACGUCAGCGCUUGUGGUCGUGGUUGGCCGUCGCGUCAUGUCCAUUGCGCCAUCGUCGUCACAAGUCCAUCGAGCUCCUGUCCUAGCUGGCCUUCUCUUCGCCGUGCAUCCCAUCCACUGCGACUCAGUCGCCAGCGUCGUUGGCAGAGCCGACGUGCUGUGCACAUUAGUGUCCCUUGUGGCGUUUACAUGUUACGAUACUGCGAUUUCAGAUCGAACCACCACGAAAUGGAUGCAUUUCAUCCUUUCCAUCGGUCUGAUCGUUCUCGCCACCCUUUGCAAAGAGCUCGGCGCCACGACGCUGGGUAUGUUAGUGGUGUUGGACCUGCUACAGUCCUACCGUCUUUCAACCCAAGAGUUGCUUGCAUCCCCAACACUUGGUCGUUUGGCGGUACUUGUCGCGUUUGGAACCACCGCCAUUGCCGGACGCAUCCUCUUGAACGGCCCCCACAUGCUGUACCCAUGGACUGAAAUGGAAAACGAUAUCUCGCUAUUACCCUUCGGCACUUCCAAGGUGCUUACGAUUGCCCACACACACGCGUGGUACCUGUACAAGAUGGCUUGGCCUCAGUACCUAAGCUACGACUAUGGCUUCCGCACCAUCCCCAUCGUUCACUCCAUGCUCGACCCCCGCAACAUCUCGACAGCUAUCGCGUACACGUGUGUGGUUACUUUGGUGUUUGCGUCCGCGUGGCACUCCCGGACGUCGCCUUCGCUCUUGCUCAUGGCAUCAUUUGCCUUGUUUCCGUUUGUACCUGCCGCCAACGUCCUCUUCCCCGUCGGCACCAUCGUCGCCGAGCGUCUGCUCUACUUUCCCAGCGUCGGCGUCUGUCUUCUCGCAGGGUAUACGCUGGACACGGCGCUGCAUCGAGGGUCCCAACGACAACAAGUCGCCUUAGUCGGGAUCGCGACCACUCUCUUGAUCGUUGCCACCGCCCGCACACUCUGUCGCAACCGUGACUGGACAGACGAAGUCGCGCUGUUUGAAGCGUCCGUCAAGGUAGCCCCCUGGAGCACCAAAGUGCUGAGUAACCUGUCCAAAGUCCUACUCAACUCGGACGCACCGCGGGCGGCGGCGUACCUGGAGCGGGCGUUGCAUGUGCUUCCGCACUACUCGAUUGGACACUUCAACCUCGGCCUCGCCUAUGUUAACAUGGGCAAAUCGCUGCAUUGUAUGGACAGCUUGCUAAAGGCGAUCGAUGUGGACCAUUCAUUGGCGUCGUACUCGUACCUCGGCAAGUACCUGUUUGAAUUCUAUGCCACGAACCAACACGACAAGUUUCGGACGGAUCAACCCACGCACGCCCUGGCUACGGCCACAAAGUUGUUGGAUUUUACUCUGUCACAUCACCACAACCUGCCCACCAUAGUUUUCACUCGGGGGCUCAUCGCGUACUACGCCGACGACUUUGCUGCUGCGUUGCCGUACGUCGUCGCGUAUCGCCAGCUUUGUUUGCAACAUUAAAUAUUGUGAAUGAAUCCCUCCAAAACUACUUCACGUCGUUUUGAACCUGUGGACAUACUGUGUAGGUACUUUGAACGAACGCUCGAGGAAAAUGCUCGCGUCCGACGCCGGGGCUACGACUUGGAAGAGCUAGUGGCACCCUGCAGCGUGUACAACAUGUACGCGCUCGCCGCUCAAAACGCAGGGGACAACGUCCGCGCUGGCUUGAUCUUCAUAUCCUUUUUGCACAUGACGCAUGAUGUUAGUUACUUUGUGAUGCAGUAUCGUGAGUCCCCUUAACGAAUUCGAUACGACGAGGGCUUGAACGACGGAGUUGAAUGCAUGGAGUUGUACAACAACGCUGGCGUGUGGCACAAGACCAAUGGCAAUCUCGUCAAGGCCGCCGAGUUGUACGCAGUUGCCAUCGACCGAUUCCCACGACACGGCGCGUUGCUCACGAACGCCGGGUUCUUGGCCGAAACGAUGGGCAACCGCCUGGACGCGAUUCAUUACUACCUCAAGGCGCUGGAGCUGGACCCGACCAACGACCAAAUCCAAACCAACUUUUACAACCUCCAAGCCAAGUUGGCCGUGCCAGACGUCGACUCGGAGCUGGCCCCGAUGCCGUUGGAAGCAUCCUAACAACAUACUAAAGUACGACUCGACAGGUUUUGUUUCAGUUAACUAACAAGUUAACAACUACGGUAACUGUUAAUGAACAGGAGAAGCGCUUUGGAACUAGCGUUGUGAC